AUGAGCAGUGCUGAUCAGAAAAGGAUGUAUCAAACGCGACGGAAAACAGUCGAUAAUAAUGCGUAUUACAAACUACUGGGAUUGAGUCGUGAUGCUUCCGAAAGCGAUGUCAAAAAGGCGUAUAAAAAGAUGGCUUUCAAAUACCACCCGGACAGACCGGAAGGAGAUGCUGAAAAAUUCAAGGAAAUUUCAGAAGCUUACGAAGUCCUCAGCGAUGCGGAUAAGCGACGUAUUUACGACCAGUACGGUGAGGAGGGGCUGAACGGCGGUGGCCCUUCUCCUGAUCCGUUUGAUCUAUUCGCACAGAUGUUUGGAGGCGCUGCUGGUGGUGGUGGGCGUAGACCGCAUUAUGGUGGACAAGAGCAAGUUUUAAGAAAAACACCAGAUGUUACUUAUGCGAUGCCAGUGACACUAGAGCAGCUUUAUAAAGGGUUUACUCAGCGGGUUAAACAUGUUCGGGAGAAGAAGUGUACUUCUUGUGACGGUUUCGGCGCGCACAGGUUCGAUCCCUGCACUCGGUGCGAUGGUACUGGAAUUGUUGUUGAAACUCGACAAAUGGGAUAUACUUUAUUUCAACAGCAAUCACCUUGUCCAGCAUGCAAAGGGGAGGGGUGUAAGAUACCUAAAGAUGCGCUUUGUAAGGCUUGCAACGGCAAGGGGUAUACAAAAGAGGAGGAAAUUUUAACGGUUAGUGUUCCUCCUGGUGUUGAAGAUUAUCAUACUAUCACCUUCCCUGGUAAAGCAUCUGAGAGAGUCCAACAUCAAACUGGUGAUGUUGUUAUUACUCUUGUGCCGUCCACAUCAUCAUCAUCAUCACCUUCGCAGUUUGCGCAUAGACUCUCUCACGAUUUGGUUUUGGACAGAAGCAUUACAUUGGCUGAGGCUCUGUGUGGUUUCUCAUUCCCUUUGAGGCACCUAGAUGGUAAUUCAUAUGAGGUUGAGAGUAAUGAUAGUAGAGCUGUGGUCCGUCCUGGUGAUAUGUGGAUCUUGAAGGGCAUGGGGAUGCCUGUACCUGCUAAUGCUGCUGUUGAUAAUAAGCGGGGCAAAUAUGGAGAUAUGUACAUCCGCUUCAACGUUGCAUUUCCAACAGCGUUAUCGGAUAUUCCUCAAGACGAUCGGAUCAGAAUUAAGGAGAGUAUAGCAAAUACACUACCAAAAGUUGAGGAGGAAAAUGUGAAGACUCCGGAAAAUGCUGGGGAGAGCGGUAGUAAAAGUAUCAUCGAAUCGGUGAAAAGUUGGUUCAAUUCGAAAACGGGUGAUGAUGAAAAUGGGGAUAAUAAUAAUACUACUGGUAGUAGUGAUUCUACUAAAAAAGAAGAAACGAAAACUGCAGAGGAAAAAGUACAGAAAAAACGUCCUGGGAAGAAGUCUCAUACGUUGUAUGCCCAACGGUUGAGUAAUACUGAGAGUGAAGUCUUGAAGAAGCGAAUUGAAAAUGAGGAGAGGCGAUCAAAAGAAAGAGAAGCGAAUUACAAAAGGAGAGGACACGACGAUGGUGGUAACCCUCAGUGUCAUCAACAAUGAUGGUGAUUAGUUUUUUCGUGGUUGUUUCUGUGUAGGUUUCCGUUGAAAUUAUUGUUCUCUCUCUUUUAUGGUCGUUAUACUCAACACCGAUUCACACUAUUGAUGAUACCGGUACUG